AUGCCGUCCCAGAAGACUUUCCGCACCAAGGUCAAGCUCGCCAAGGCGCAGAAGCAGAACCGCAUGACGUGGCCACGAGCAAUACAGCAGUCAGCGCGUUCUCGGCUAAAAGCUGCUACUCGGCCUACAACACCCUGGUCGUAUCCAAAAAUGCUCGCAACGCUUGUCGCACUGCCGCCUUCGCAUCGCUAUCACCAGCACUACGAUCGUCAGACCGUACAUGCGGUCCAUCCUACAUACUUGCAGCGGUCCGACAACCCAGUCACGAACCGCAAAGAUGAUUGCGAUUCUUCUCGACUGUCGAUGCUGGAUGAACGGGAUGCACAGAAGGCCGCCCGACACGAUGCUCACAGCUGCGAGGCAGCGAUGCUAUCGCGCCCAGGCGCUGGUGUAGCGCAGGAUGCCCACCACAAAGCCGUCGAUCGCACUACGUCCAUCUUCGACCGCCUCUGGCAUUCGUACUCUUGCAUUGGUGCGAUCGAUCGUCCAGCAUCCUUGCGUCGCACAUUGGAUCCCGACACUCUGUUCAUCGGUCUCCGCUCGUUCCCCAUCCCUAACUGGUUCCGCAUGAAGGCCGACAACAAGAUCCAGUACAACGCCAAGCGCCGCCACUGGCGCCGCACCAAGCUCAACAUCUAA